GCGGAUCUGGUUGUUCUACUUAUUAAUUAUUAUGAUUUAUAACUGGUAACUUACCAUUUAAUAGUCACCGUCGCACCGAUGAUUAGUGAUUAGUGACAGUCUUACUAUAACUCGGGGUACUCGGGAUCCUUCGGGUAAUUGUGCUUUUCUAUUUACCCCGCUAUAACUAACGAGUACUUAACUAGGCUGCUGGCGCCCUUAGCUAAUUGAACUUCCGACGGGGUUUGUUAAUUUUUUAUGGCAUUCCUUGACGAUCAAGUUUGGCUGUUAUCCUUCAUACGCAACCAGUUCAUCAUAAGCGAUGAUACUAGUAUGUGCGAGAAUCUUUUGGGCCCGGAAUACGGCGGAGAUGGCCCGGAACUCGGAUCGUUUAGCUUUUUUAGCCCUCCCCAAAGUACCACCCGUGAAGAUGGAGACGUAUUCCCUUCGCGACCGCGUGGAGCAUCGUCGCCGGAUAUUGCCAUGAACAUGGAUACACGGAUGACGAGAAGGCGAUCAAACACCACUGUACGUUUGGAAAAGAUUCGCAAAGAGCGUGAAGAAAAAAGCCGUAUAAAGAUCACGCACUGGAAAUCAACGCGAAGUUUGAGGGGCCCUUCGUCCCUCUCGGAGCAGAAUUUAAGUGAUAUUUUCUCUGAAGCGGAUAUUGUGCCCAGGCCAGCUCAGAAAUUCCAUUCGGCUUUAAGCUUGGAAUUGGAUAAAUCAGACGGAAAAAUAGUUCAGAAUCCUUUCUUGGAAUAUGCCAGAUUUGAUGGACGAAUGCAACGCGGCACGGCGGCAAAAACCUUCAAGAUAUUUUUUUAUUUAGCCGGUAGCGAUGCAGCGGCUGCUGCACCUGUGGUGGCUCCCAUGAAUGUCACGGUUCUGCUGACGGCCAGGCAUUUGGAUCUGAUGGGUCUUAUUUGCUGGCAGUACCGAGAAGAAAAUCGACAGCCUCCUAUGAUGAAAUCGCUUGACUUUUACCAGCUGUACUGGGCGGAAGACAAUGGCAUGAUUGACCGUGACUUUACGGCCAUUGACGUAACAGAUCCUGUUUCCCGGUCGCAUGAUAAUAAAAUCGGUUUUGUGGAAUGCUCGGAGCCGAUUCAGCGGGAAAACGCGACAGUGGUAGUGAAAGUCAAUCUGGUAGAAGGCGGCUUUUCAAAAAUAGAAGUCGGUGGUACGGAUAUCACUCUGCGCACGAUUUUGGAAAAGGUGUUGAAAAAGCGAAAAAUGAAGCCGGUUGUGCGCGGGUUGGAAUAUACCUUAGAAAAAGAAGAUAACCCAGGCGUUCCAUUAAAUUUGGAUCAUACAAUCGAUAACGUAAAGACCACUGACUUUUGGCUGGUACGCUUGAACAGCAAGAAUCCGGCAUCGUCCGUGCGCAGAUCAAGCUAUUGAAUCCAUUUUUGACGUUGUGAUAACUGGAUUUCCAUUCAGCUCCUUGAUAUUUGCAUGGCAGGCUUGUACGUGAACAUUUCUUUGACAAAUGUAUGGUGCUAUUGUCCGGUAGAUUUAUUGUUUUUGGUCUUUCAUGUUCUUGUUAAUUGUGAUUUUAAUUUAAACCAAGUGAAUGCUGUAGUAAUAAACCCAUAAAGAAUUUUUUAACUUAUCACUCACCUAGCGUUUCUGUUCAAUAUGAGUUGUUUGGCUUUUAUCUGCCUUUUAACAGUUCAACUUCUGGUUAUGAAUUAAAGUUAACAUUUCG